AUGCUUCUUGUGAGUUCGUUUCUCAGACGUCAGGACGAUGGAAAGGGCGGCAGUUGUCCCCCCAAUCUCACGCCCUGGAUACUCCCUUCCUCUGGCCCUCCUACCGAUUGGGCGGACAGCCUUUGGGCAGAUGGGUCACGAACUGCCCCACUCUCCGUCGUCAGGCCUGCUCGACUCUCCGGUGUGCCCACAACUGUACCCUCUAGUGGCGCCGCUGCUUUCAGUACCCCCGCCAUAGCUCGCUCUGUUCUUUCCCUUCAUGCGCUUCUUUCCACAAUCCGGUGUCUUCCAGGGCGUAGUUCUGCCGGUGGCAAGGUCACACCAACGCCUCAACAGCCUCGCAAUCAAUCGGAAAGUCUACAGCAGUCACUUUACAAACUUCUGCUCCGAAUGCACUUGAAAACAGACCUCCUAAAGAUGCACAUCACCCGAGGGUUUUAUGUGUUGUGA